AUGCUCAACUUUGGAGUGGUAAUGGAAAAGAAAAAAGUGAAAAAUGGAUGCAAAAAACCAAAAUCUACUCUACAUCCACAUCGUCGAUUCAGCAUGCAACCAACACCUUCAUAUACCUACCGUACUUCUCUAUCACCUCAACGAUCACCACGUCUUAAAAGACUAUCCGAACAAUUAUCACAUAUCCGGAUAUCUCUAGAUCCACCAAGUCCUCCCUUUUUAUCUCCAAGCCCUUUGGGUGAUAUUCGUGAAAAUGAGGAGCCACGAAUGCAUUAUCUUCAAGUACCCGGCGGAGGAAGCGAUGAAAACUCUCCUGAAUUCCGAGGGGGCGGAGCGUUUCUCUUCGGAAACUCCUUUGCUUCUCGAUUUCUCUCCUCACCUCCUCCGGAUCGAAGAACAAGUUUCGCGUCGACAAUGUCAGAUACAAAUAGUUCAAUAACUAUUCCAAUGUCUUCUAGUUAUCAAAACUUGUUAUCCCCAAUGUGGAGCACAAUGAAAUAUUCCAGUGAUGAUAAUGAAACACCACCCAACGAACCCAGUCCCCGAAGAUCUAAAAGUAGCAACCGUUCAUCUUCGGAUUGUAUAAAUGUACCACCAAUUGUCUUCUCCCCCGUUCUUUCUCGUCCAAUUCGUUCGAUUUCUCCAACAAUGUCAAUGUCACCGACUUUCCGCACUCACCAUAAUUCCGACUCCGAAAGCGACACUGGUGCACCGGUAGCAGGGGCCGCUCUUUUUGCCUCUUCCUCAGCAUCAGGUCUCAUUUGGAAAGGAAGUGGUAAUCUGAUGAUACCUCCAAGAAGAUCAUUUCAUAGACCACAAAGCGGAGGUGGAGGAAAUGAUUCAUCUGAUAGUAACAGUGUUGGCAAUGUCGAAAGACUUCUGAAACGGAAUCGAAGGCGGACAAUGGCUAUUCAUGGUGAGAUUUCGGAAAAAUUAGAUUUAAUAAAUAUCCAGUCCGCCAUCUCGUGUGGCGUAGAAACAGAGUCCGGUCAAACGGCAGCAUCAACUGGUUGGUCAAGUGCAUCGAUGACAAAUUUAUGCCGCAUCCGCUCUUCUCUUGGACAUUCUGAUCCACAGCUCUCGAGUAGUUCUACAAAUAGUUUUAACACAUCAACAUCUUCAUUGCAUCCUCCAACCAAAUCAUCAACUACUGCACUUUCUUCUUUUUCACCAUCAUCUGCGAAUCGGUCUCCUGGAAACCAUCGACCAUCUCUGCAUUCAUCCACUUCUCCGGUCACUCUGCAGAGAUGCCGAUCCCCGAUGAGGGUACCACAAAGAUCAACGUCUUCUUCGCAUAAUUUCGGAGCUGGCGGUGCUGGGCCGAGUAGUUCGGGAAGCUCGGUGCAUAGUGGAGCAAUCACUUUGAGAACUUAUUCUGCACGGAAUGGCAGCUCAUUGAUGGCUCCUGUUCAAGAUACACGCCGUUGGUCGCUCGCUUCACUUCCAUCUACAAGUGGAUACGGCACGCCAGGAACCGGGAGUAAUUCAGGCGUUUCUGUAAGUUAUACGCUUUCUAGUCAAUAUUCAUCGUCUGAACAAAUUGGCGAAAUGCUCGAACAGACACGGAUAUCAGGUCCAGUUCGUCAGAAUUCUUCAAGAUUUGACAGCAAUGAUUCAUAUGAUGAUAUGGCAUCACAACAGCAGGCAGCUGCACAGAAUGCAUUUUUGAAUCGACCGAGGAGUCGGAGUUUAACAAGUCCUAUGAAGUUUCUCAAUGAAUAUAACAUAGAAAUGGUGAAUCGAACAAGUGUGUAUAAAGAAAGAUUCCCUCGAGCGAAACUGCAAAUGGAAGAGCGUCUGAAUACAUUUGUUGCUGAAAAUGGACCACUUAGUGGAGGUAUUUCACAGCAAUCAGGUCGAGAUGAAGCUGAUUCGAAUGAUGAUAUGGUUACUAAACAAUCUGGAAGUGGUAGUGGACUGAAACCGAAAGACAGCGUUGAAGAAGCAGUGAUGAGAAGUCGACGAUCAACUGUUCUGGAAGCCGAGUCUUAUGCGGAUCGGAGUCUUCUUCGGUUGAUUGGAGACGGUGCCACCCGAUUUCUUCAUCAUCAAAUAGUGGAAAUUGCGUUAGACUGCCUCGGAAAAUCUAAAGACGAUCUGAUCACUUGUUCAUAUUUUUGCGAAAUGAGUCAGCGAUUAGAAGAAACUCUGAACGAGGCUCAGAUGAAAACAUCGCCUGAGUCUUUGGAAUAUUUGUCUAAACUUGUUAAAAAACUUUUAAUGAUUGUUUCCCGACCUGCCCGCCUUUUGGAAUGUCUUGAAUUCGAUCCAGAUGAGUUCUAUCAUUUGCUCGAAGAAGCAGAAGGAGUCGUUCGUGAGCAACUGGGAAGUGGAACAGCCCGAGUUCCUGACUUGCCGCAGUACAUCAUCGGAAAACUCGGACUUGAUCGCGAUCCUCUGAUGGAUUCUACGGACCACGUAGACACUUCAGAAGACACUGCUCCUACAACUUCAAGUGCAUCAGGACCGAAAGGUCCAGGUGGCACUUGGCAAGAAUCGAAUCGUGCACCAAGCGAAGAUGAUUUCGAUACAAUUAGACUUGUUUCUAAUGGAGCCUACGGAGCUGUUUACCUUGUACGACAUCGAGAAACUCGACAACGAUUCGCUUUAAAGAAAAUGAACAAGCAAACGUUGAUGCUUAGGAAUCAAGUCGAUCAAGUAUUCGCGGAAAGGGAUAUUCUCACGAUGGCUGAUAACCCCUUUGUCGUUUCAUUCUACGGAUCUUUUGAGACAAGACAAUAUUUGUGCAUGCUUAUGGAAUACGUGGAAGGUGGUGAUUGUGCAGCACUUCUGAAGUCAGCUGGAACUCUACCAGUUGAGUUGGCGAGAUUGUAUGUAGCAGAAACCAUUCUUGCAAUCGAGUACCUUCAUUCGUAUGGAAUUGUGCAUAGAGAUUUGAAACCUGAUAAUCUUCUUAUUACUGCUAUGGGUCACAUUAAGUUGACAGAUUUUGGUCUUUCGAAAAUCGGAUUAAUGAAUAGAACAACGCUUGUAGCUGAAGGAUAUGAUGCUGUAGCUGAAACACAACAGUUUCAGGACAAGCAACUUUGUGGAACGCCAGAAUACAUUGCACCCGAAGUGAUCCUUCGCCGUGGGUAUGGAAAACCAGUUGAUUGGUGGGCGCUGGGCAUUAUUCUUUACGAAUUUCUUGUUGGAAUUGUUCCGUUCUUCGGAGAAACUCCAGAAGCUCUAUUUUCAAAGGUCAUCAGUGAAGAUGUAGAAUAUCCUGAAGAAGACGAGGCGCUUCCACCGGAAGCUGAAGAUCUUUGUCGACGUCUUCUUGAGAAGAAUCCCGCAGAACGAUUGGGAACUGUGAAUGGAGCAGCACAGCUGAUGGCACAUGCUUUCUUCAUUCUUCUUGAUUUCACAUCGCUUCUGAGACAAAAAGCAGAGUUCGUGCCGCAGUUGGACAAUGAAGAGGACACCAGUUACUUUGACACCCGAACCGAUCGUUACAAUCAUGAGGCUGAAAGUUGUGGAGAGGAGGAAGUUGGAGGUUCUUCCGCAGCUUCUUCAAUGAUGUUCCAUUCAUUCUCCACAGCGUCUCCUCGACAUUCAAUCGUUUCUAUUGAUCCAGCACAUUUGCCACAUUUACUCUCCACAGCCGCCGCUGCCAAAGAAAUCGAGCGAUCUCACUCAGUUUCCAUGUCCUCUAGAAGUGAAGUUCGCCCGGAGAGAUCAUAUUCAACUGGUCAAGCUCCACCAGAUUUGUUCAAUAUUUCUGACGACCAUACGAGCACUGUAAGUUGUGCAACCUCAAUAUCACUGAUUUCGUUCAUUUCACAGGCUGUGAACCUUCGAAGAAGAUUCUCUGCUCAACGUCACAAUGUUUCCACAACGUCUUCAUCUGGCACUGGAUCUGGAACAUGCUUUGCGACAGCUGCAUCCUCUACUGAUUCUUCUAUCGAUGCAUCCACUCUUCCAAUAUUCCAACCGCCAUCUCGUGCUUCGAUUGCAGAACGUGGAUCUCGUUCCCCUCUUCCCAAGUUUUCAAUUUCUUGUGAAGGAGAAGCGGGAGCUGCAACAAAGGAUAAUAAAGAUGACGAAGAUCUCAAGAACUGCACGAUUGACUCGAACGCAUCUUCUGAUGCUGGUGCUGAUGAGACAGUUCGAUUCCGUCGACAAAGUUCUGGACGAUCACCUGCUGCUCAACUUCAGCUUGUUAUCCCAUCGAUUUCUUCUUCCCAAACAACACAAAAUGUAGAACCAGCGAAAGAGACUUGCUACGUGAUGUACCCAUCUGGCCCUUUCACUUCUGCUGGGUCUCAACUUUCGCCGGGAGGAGCAUCUGUCUCAUCAGCUUCUUCGUCAAAUGACAUUGGCUCUCCACAUCUAACCCAACAAGAUAAUCCUUUGACUCAAGAUGGUUCUAUUGCUUCUUCUUCGACGCAAUCGAAAACGAUUACAAUCCGAAAAGGACCGUUCGGUUUUGGAUUCACAUUGAAAUCUGUUCGAGUGUACCUUGGUGAACACUCUGAAUACUACACGAUUGAGCAUAUUGUAACAGCUGUUGUGGAUGGAAGUCCAGCAUUUGAAGCCCAACUUCAGGCUGAUGAUAUGAUAACCCAUGUGAAUGGACAUCCUGUUCACAAUCUAACACAUCCACAACUAAUGCAUCGCCUGCUAUCCAAUGGAAAUGAGUUGAUUCUUCGUCUUGUUCCGCUCACCUCCACCAGCAUCAGAGAAGGUGCUGCUCGUCGUACUAUCGGAAAAAUGGCACGUAAGAAGCCGAAGAGACCACAAAGGAGAGUUGUUCCACUGGAGAAGAAAGCUAGAAAACCAUCGGCUCUUCUGAGACGUCUUUCUGGAAAGCGAGCAACCAACGAUAUUGUACCUGGAAGUUCGAGCCAAAAGCAAGCAUUCAUGCCGAGAAGUGCUUCAAGUCAAGACGGAUCUAUUUUAACACAUCUUCCGGGAACUUCAAAACCUCUUCCAGAAAUGCAAGCACCACAAGAAACAUCCACAUCAUCUCAAGGGAUGGUGAGAAGAAGUGUCAACGAAAUUGAGGUAAGUGUACAUUACCCUCACAAUACAUCACCACAUCAUCAUGUCGCGAACCGUCCAUCUUCCCUUCGUUCCACGUCUUCCUAUCAUCAACAUCAUCACCCCUCUUCCUCUUCCUCUGUCACUUCAGCGCCAGCCGCUAUACCUUCAAGCUCUUCAUCUAAUGCCCCGCGAAUGGUAUCAUCAUCUCCAUCGUCAUCAGCAUCUAACUCUGGAACAUCCUCCCCGGCUGCCUUGUCUUCUUCCACUGCAUCUAGUAUCUCCGCUGUAAAACAGAAAUCCCAGUCCAUUGCAGUUAGUCCUUUGGCUAGAGAUACAAGGAUGAGAAGUCCAUCGCCCUCUCAUCAUCUCCACCAGCGUCCCUCAUCGAGCACUUAUACAACCCGACUAGACGGAGGCGCAACUCCAACAGCUUCAGCAUCUCUAAGCAGCAGCGGCUUCGUCCCAGAUCUGACCUCUUCUAGAAACUCGCCAAAUUUGAGUGCUCGCCGGCGAUCGUAUCAACCAACUACUACUACUUCGAUGAUCGUUCCACCGACUACCCAUCAUUCACGCGGCUUUUCAGCUGCUGCCCAGUCUGCACAGAAUCUGCUCAAUCGUCUGUUACCACGCCAAGAAAAUAAUGAUCGGAGUGGAUCAGGAUCCUAA